AUUAUGCCAGGAGACCUCCCAGACUCAAUCACAGAGUUGAUAUUAGGCGACACAUUCAACCAACCCUUGAAGCCAGGCUCCAUCCCUGAGUCUGUCACAACCCUAUGGCUAGGUAACCUUUAUGAUCAUCAACUUGAACAAGGUAUCAUCCCGUCCAAAGUCAAGUCACUGUGGUUGGGCUGGAGCUAUGCACACCUGCUCCACCCUGGUAUACUUCCAUCAACUCUCCAAUCUCUCCACACAGGUGGCUUUGACAAUCUCCUGUCAACACCAGGUAUACUGCCCCCCUCAUUGACAUCACUAUGCCUUGCCGAGUUCACACAACAUCUAGCGCCAGGCAUACUACCCGCAUCCCUUACCACGUUGGAGUUGGGCAAUUACUUCAAUCGAGACAUUGAGCCAGGCAUCCUUCCAACAAGACUCUUGUAUCUCAAGAUUGGCAAUCGAUUCAAUGGCCGACUCAUGCUUGGCAGUCUGCCCCAAUCACUUCUCAAGCUCAAGUUUGGCUAUAACUUUAAUCAAGUAUUGUCACCUGGUGUCCUACCGGCAUCUCUUCAAACAUUGAUUCUAAGUCAAGAGUACAAUCAUCCACUGGAGCCAUCAACUCUGCCCAGCUCACUCAAGCGCAUCUCAUUUGGUAUAUCAUUCAGACAGGAACUAUCCCAAGACAACCUACCAUCGUCGAUCACAUCGAUCUUUUACUCUGAGAACUUGUUCCAACUGGCCACUCCAGACGUCAUCCAUCACUGUCCGAUGAUCAAACGAUUAGAGUUGUCGAUUGCUACCAAUCUGAAUCACCCAAGGUGUGAUAACAUCAUGCCCAGCAAGGCACAGCUAUCCAUGGGCAACGUUCAUUCAUUGGCAUUAUGCUUGCCUCCACGACACAUGACAUCCAACCAUGGUUAUACAAACUUUGUUCAAAGAUGUUUGGAUACAGAUAUACCCAACAUCAUUAUACUACCAUCAAAUUAUUAUAUCAAAGGAGAACAAGGUAUCAUACGUAGAGUUGAUAACAACAUAAUGUUGGUAGUUGAUAGUAGUUCAAGAUUACACUUUAUCACACAAGACAUAUUAUUCAAUCAUUGUGGCAAUAUAUUCAAGGAUGUCCUU